CGUUACCCAAAUCGCCACGCCCACUACAACCUUCAGCUAGUAGCCAAGCAGGCCAUGAGCUAGCCCCAUAGUCUAGUCUCUCCUAGCUCUGUACAGAAUAAUACCUUUAUAGCCUCCUAUGCAGAAGAGAUUUUCUAGACCCCAAAGAAAAUGGCAGCUGGAAUGAACACAGACAGCUUUGAAGUGAAUGUGAAGGACUUCCAGGGCCGAUCAGUGGUGAUACGUGUGGACCCCACCUGGGACGUGUCCAGGAUAAAGAGGGAGAUAUCUAAUCAGACUAGAGUGACCCCUAAUGACUUCAGGAUUGUGUUUGCAGGACAGACCCUGGCAGACAACCAGACACUAUGGGACAUUGGAGUGCAAGGGUACAGCACACUCCACUGUAUUCGUUUCCGAGGCUUUGAUGUCAAGAUGGCCACACCUCUCAAGGACGUUGCAUCACAACUCAGCCAGAUGACAACAACCGAUGCCCCGACCCCACACGUGGACCGCAGCUUAUCAGACGCUCCACAGGCUCAAGUCCACCACAGUUUCUACGUGUACUGCAAGAAGCCGUGUGAUGGAAUGGCCCCGGGCAAACUAAGGGUCCGUUGUGCAGACUGCAAAGAUGCCUCCUUUCUACUACUAGGGGAGGGCCCUGGUAGCUGGGAUGACAUAUUGACAGGUCGCAAACUCCAUGGUCAGUGCAACAGAGCUGGGGGCUGCACUGGCACUGGCAGAGAUGCUGAGUUCUUCUUCAAGUGCAGUGCUCACGCUACUCUGGAGACUGAGGAAUGUGUAGCCCUGCACAUGAUACGCUCCAACUCUGUCAUGGUCGAGUGUGCUUCCUGUCUCAGCGUAAGUGACCUGGUGAUGGUGUUUGCCUGCCCUGAGAGACACUGUCUCUGUGUGGACUGCUUCACACAAUACUGUCAGGUUGAGUUGACGAGUCGUAGGUUCAUUGAAAAGAGGGGGGUGGGCUAUACACUGCGUUGUCCGGCCGGCUGUGAGGGGUCAGAGGUCACCGAGAGUCAUCACUUUAGAUUAUUAGGAAAAGACUUAUACAACCGGUAUCAGCGUUUUGGAACGGAAGAGUUCGUGCUACAGAUGGGAGGAGUGCUGUGUCCCAAUGCAGGGUGUGGUAUGGGACUGCUGCCAGAUGAUACCGGCCGCAGAGUCCAGUGCCCGAGGGAGAUAGGGAUGGGAGGGUGUGGGUUUGUGUUUUGUCGAGCAUGUAAGAGUGAGUUCCAUGAGGGGGCGUGUCGUCAACCCUCCAACCCUGAGCCGGCCAAUGGGACGGAGGGGGCGGCAUUCCAGGUAUCUGCUGAAAACCUAGAGCGUGCCGGUUGGAUCCAGGCCAACGAGAGAUUCAUCCAAACCAGCACCAAAGCAUGUCCACGAUGCAAGGUUCCCGUUGAGAAAAGCGGUGGGUGUAUGCACAUGACGUGUGGGAUGGCGGCAUGUCGCUAUGAAUGGUGUUGGAUUUGUCUCGUGGAGUGGAACAGACAGUGUCAGGCCACUCACUGGUUCGGAUAGACCACACCCACUUUAAUAUUACUUUAUGAGUAUACAUAAUUAUGCGAAUAUUUAUCCGCUCUAUUAGCAUUAUAUGUUUUGUGUUGCUUAUUUUUGUAUUUUUCAUAUAAUUAAUUUUAUAGGAAUUAACUGUUUUUCGAUCUGUUUGCUUUUGUAAUUGAAUUUUAGCUUCAAAAGUGUUUAAAAUAUUAA